GUAAAGAGGUAUCUUAAGAAUAAGGUAGGGUACAAAGUGCUGAAGCAGGUCAACCCUGACACCGGCAUCUCCUCUAAGGCCAUAGGCAUCGUGAAUUCUUUUGUCAACGACAUCUUCGAGCGCAUUGUGGGCGAGGCCUCUGGCCCGGAGCAUGACAACAAGAGCUCGACCAUCACUUCCAGGGAGAUCCAGACAGCGGUGCGCCUGCUGCUGCCCAGAGAGCUGGCCAAGCACGCCGUGUCUGAGGGCACCAAGGCUGUCAUCAAGUACACCAGCUCUCAAUGAGCCCCUCGCUGCAGAGGAAAACCUGGUAUUCUGAAGAUAGGGAAAGCCAAAAUUAAAGGCAUGUCUGGUUUGGGGACUGUGCUGCACCACUACCUACCUACAGGAACACAGGGAAGAACUACUUUUAUAUUUUUGCUUAAGAGCAGGGAAUUAGUAAAUGUAGGUUACAAAGGGAAAAAAAAGAAAAAAAGAAUAAGGUAUAAUCAAGAAAUUAAUCUGGUGAGCAUUUUCUCACACUACAAAUCUUUCAGAGGGCCCUUUUGGCUUUGCAGUGGCACAUUCCAACCAACAACUCUGGACACAUCAGCCCUUGAGGUGUGAGCUGGCCCUUCCCUGUGUUCCCCCAAAGAUGUGCCAGGGGGUCUUCUCAGUGAUCCAUUUCAAGUGGUAUAGACUAUUGCCCCAUGACACCCCACUGCUUGGACCUGCAGAGGCCUGCCCUAGCAAGGUCCCUGCCUUCCCUCAGAUCUGAUCAUUAGCUUCUUUCAGCUCCCUCACACCUCAGCCAAGCUGCAGAGGUAGGCCAACCUGCAGCCAUCUGUGGCUGGCUACUAUAGACAGCACCUUGGAGGCACUCCCACAUGAGGUGGUCAAGGCCUCCUUGUUGUAGGCUAUGUGUCCUCUGCUCAGGGAAACAGGAGAUGGUCCCUCUGAUGUGGUCUGAGCCUUGGUGCUAACUCACACUAACGGUCAUCCUGUGUCUGUGCCAUGGACUAUGAUACAAAUGGACAAUGAGACAAAUCUGCUCUGUGGCCUUCUGUGAAUGAUUAGCAUGGGCAGUCACAUGGCUGUGCUGCAGGGAGGUAGCACAAGUCAACAGGAAGAGCCUCUAGCUUGAGGUCAGAAGCCAGGCCUAUGUCUCUACCUGAGGUGAAGAACCAUGGCGGAAGUGAGUACAAGGGGCCUCUGCUUUGCUAAGUAAAGUAGAGCCAUACCCACAAGACAUAAUCAUUGGUCCUACUGUUAGACACGCAAACCUCAAACCAGCACACAGCUCCUGCCACAAAGACCAAGGCCACAGGAUCACAUUCUGAGCACAUUUAUCCAGCUCAGUCAGUGCCCUUCUAGUCUGAGCUAUGAAGCCUUUUAUCUGAUGUUAACUGUUCCCACCAAAAAUUUUUAAAAAUUAAUCUUUCCCCCCCAAAAUAAGGGGCAGCAUAAUAUAGUUACAGCCACUAAAAAGAUCCUCAAAAUUAGUCCUUCAGUUCCAAGCCCUGACAUCAUCUAUUCCACAGUGUCACGCUCUCUUUCAGUCCUCGUUAGUAAUUUUUUUAAAAAAACAUAGAAGCCUAUAAGCCUAUAUUUUCAGUAAGUAUGUGAGUUGAUGAGUCUGGGCAAAUGCCAUUCUGACAGCCCACCCCCAAGGAUGCCUUCCUUCGCCAACCCGCAUUUCCCGGUGUGCUCUGUUCACAAGGAGUCCAUUCAGAACCAGGGAACACCCACUCAAGGCAGGAAGAAACUGUAGUUCAUCUCACACAGGCGGGGUUGCCACAAAGCUCUCAAGCAUCCAAAGAAAUGCUCCUUUCAUGAACUCCCCUUCCCAGCCAAAGAGAGUGCCCAUUGUUCUCAGGAGAACAAUUAGGGGCCCAAGCCAGCAGCUGAGAGCACAGUCCCAGGAAGGGCUGCUCCCGGCCUGCUGACAUCUUGGGCUGAGGGAAAGCCCACAUUGUCUGCAGGCAAGGAGGCUGAGGGGAAGCAGAAUGAAAAGCCAUCCUCACAGGCUCUACCAAAAUAAGACAUCUGAGGGGGCAGUCAUUUCUUGAGAUGCAAAGACAACUCUCCCUGACCACCACAGAGGGAGGGGCUAGAACAUUUCCAGGCAUUUAAUCACAUUCCUCAGUGAGUCCCAAACUCACUCAAGUCAGAGAUGAGUGAGUCGGCACCAAUUCCAAGGGAGGCAAGAGUCAGGAUGGGUAACUUAUGCUGUGACCAGCCCAGGACAGGCUAGGAUCCACUGAGCAAAAGCCAAGCUGGCUUUUGUGGGACAUCCCCACAGCCCCUGAUGGAGAGAAAGCGUUUCUCAGAUCCAAAGGCAGCUAUGAAAGCAAAAGACAGUCAAGACUGGAUGAACUUUGUAUACAGGCAUGUAGUCUGAUUCACGGGAGUAUAUACCAAGACCAUCUGUUUUAGGGUGUCCUGAGGUCACAGGAGAAGAGAUAGGAGUCCCAUGGCCCAGGUCUCUCAGAAAGGCUAUGCUGAUCACGAGGACCUAGUCCCUUCUCAAAUCUGGUCAAAAAGAGUCCAUUUUGGUCGGGCACAGUGGCUCGUACCUGUAAUCCUACCACUCUGGGAGGCCAAGGUGGGCGGAUCGUUUGAGUU